UUGAUGCUCCAAAAAACGGCCCUAAUUAUUGGGGCGUUGUCCCUGAUCUCAGGGGUCUUUUCAGAUGAUUGCCCAUCGUUUUUCAAUAAGGAUGACAAUGGAAAUUGCACUAUUCGUCAGUGUACAAAUGGAGGAUACUUGGAUGUUUCCAAACAAAUUUGCAUCUGCCCUUCCGGCUACCUAGGAAUUCAUUGUGAAGCUGUGAAAACCUCCCUGCCACCUGACAAUCAUUUCAAAGUCGGUGGGACUUCCUUCAACAUUAUAAAUAUCAAUUUAUAUACGGAGUAUUGGGGAGUUUCUACUUAUGCAAAUAUUCAAAAGGGAUUGGAAGCGCAUUUCGACGCCUAUCCAACCGGAUAUGACAACUACAAUCUUGUUGAAACAAGGGGAACCCCUUACCUUGACAACAUCGAUCAACCACAGUAUGAUAGCAUCAGUUUUAAUUAUGACAACAUCAAUUCGAACAUAAGCUUCAGUCUGGCUGAUCUCGAAGACACUGGCAUUUAUUGGUGUUAUGAAGUGGCCAUCUACGAGAAUCUUAUCCAAAUGAUUCAAAAGGGAGGACUCAAGAAUACAGUGAUCACAAUCGUCACCCAGCAUCCACCACUUGCUGAGUUCCACGAUGAAGCACGACAAAUUGCAGUGGCUUUCGGGAUUCGAAUCAACGUUUUGUGGAUCAGUGAUAUUGUGUUCAAUGCGUGUUCGGAUGAACAAAUAUCUGACUUCAAGACAUUUGUGGAUAUCACGGGAGGGCUUUUUGUUCAACUGCAAGCUGAAAAUGGAGAUCAGAACAACAUUAACCUAAUUUCGCAAGUGCUUCUCACUCACUACAAACCGCAGUACGUUUCAAUUCAAUCAUUCCCCGAUUGCACUUCUGGACAGAUAAUUCCAGUGGUUGCUGAUCCAGUUGUCAGUGGCCCAUACAACUUUGUAUUUUUGGGAGCAAGUGCUAAUCCAACUAUUCCAUUGUUUACUGCUUGUCACCUUCGUCAGCCACUGCGUUCUUAUGACAACCAACUAGCCAUUUUCCAAAGUCCCGAUCCUACUAAUCCAGAUUGCGCAAAUCUUAACAUCACAACUGCCAGCGGUGGAUGCACUGGAAUUGUAUUUACCAACGCUGCACCGGCGUCUGGCCCACUGGAUCUUGCGAUUUCUACCACAUAUGUCGAAAAUCCAUCGAUUGAUGCGUCUCGUUACGCAAUUGUGGAGGGUGUCCCAUUUUAUCCAGCUCUGCAUGUGGAAUCAAAUCCUACUGCUCAGAUCACAUUGAACUCAAUCUCGGCUUCAUUUGAUCGCUCGUGGAAUCCGCAGCUUCAAAAGCGUUCGCCAGCUGCGUUUGAAUGGAUUCCAAGUACAACAAUCAAAUGUGAUUCCACGAAAACUUAUUCAUUGUUCCUGAACAUAUCCGUGGACUUAACAAUUGUUCAACGUGCUGUAAGAGUAGCGUGUGUACCGGUCCCAGUGAUCACGACGACCACGGCAGCGGCAACCACAACAGAACCUUUAGCCUCAACAACAACAGGAGAAGCUUCUUCAACAACAACAGGAGAAGCUUCUUCAACAACAACAGGAGAAGCUUCUUCAACAACAACAGGAGAAGCUUCUUCAACAACAACAGGAGAAGCUUCUUCAACAACAACAGGAGAAGCUUCUUCAACAACAACAGGAGAAGCUUCUUCAACAACAACAGGAGAAGCUACAUCUGUAGCAGCCACGACUUCAUCAGCUUCAUCAACAGUUGUCACAUCGACAGAAAUGCCUUCUAGCACAUCUCAAGCUGUUUGCACUACACAAGACAACUCUGCGACUUUCUUGUUUGCAUAUGCUGCAGAUUUCGAUCCAACUACAUAUGGCCUUGUCUCUAGAACAAUUGGCAGUUAUGUCACCGCUAAUUUACCAACUGGCCAAACACUGGCUAACGUUUUGACUGAUUUGACAACAGAAAUGGACAUUAAAUACACAAAUGUUGCAAAUGAUUUUACCACAAACUGUGUUACCGAUCAACCAGAUGCAACUUUGGCUCGAAGUGAAGUUCAGGCUUCUACUGCACUUCAGACUAUUCAGCAAUUUUUAAAAAAUGCUAAUGCCACUAUGAGACUGGAAGGGUCCAUAAUCAUCCUCCUUGUAAAUCGUUUGCCUAAGAAUGAUGAUGACCUUAUUUCCGGAGAAUAUGAUCAGUUGACAAAUUUAAAUGUUAAGAUUUUCCCAAUAAUCACAAUCAGGAAUCUAGUGGAGCACUCUGCAAUCGCAAGUAGAAGUGGAGCAGUAUUCAACAGAAUUGCUGCUCAGACAAAUGGGCAUUAUAUUGUCGCUAAUGAUACAAUCGGAGUUGAUGUCAACUCAGACUUCAACAAAAUUAUCGCAAACUUUAUGAAAACUUCAUAUAACCAAAACUUGCUAUUUGUCAGAAACAUUGGUUCAAAUAGAUUCUUAUCACUUGGAAGUUCCAUUGGAACUUUAAGAAUUCCAAAAUCACCAACAGAGAGUGCUACUGUUCCAGUAACAAUUACAGUAUCGCUCUCCGCAGUUGAUACGAAUGUACCACAACUGCCACGCCGCCUGUUGCUAGCAAUCUUGGGAAAUUCCAAAUUCAACCAAACUAAAACUGUUCAAAUCGACUUUUUGAAUCCCGAGAAUGUGACCAGCUUUGCCAACUCAAAUUACUACACAACGACUGUAAAUUUGGAUGCUGGAAUUGAGAACAACUUAAUUCUGUUGUACGAUGCUGGACCAGAUCAAAACGACGUUUUAAUUCGAAUGUGGACUCCAAAUGCUAUUCAUCGUUCAGCUUCAUAUGUCAAUGCUAAGAGUGAACCUUUGACACCUGUGAACAAAAUAACUGAAAGUACUGGGGCAGCUUUGAAGUUUACUCUGGAAAACCAAUGUUCUUCAGAUAAAACGGCAACUCUUCUUAUCACUGAUUGUAAUGGAGAAGUCAGUGCUAAAUACGAUUCGGAUCAAAUUUUCAACUGGAAAGAUAAUUCAACUUUUUAUCAAUUUGUUCCAUUCUUCUGCGACAAUCAACCAACCCCAACCACGUGCAUUUCUGGGGCUGAAAGCAAAUAUGAUGCUCAGUUCGUGUCGAAUGAUUUUUCGGUGACUCAGUCGUUCCAGUGCAGACCGGGAAAUGGACCAACAGAUAACUGCAAACUGAAGGAUUCAAACGGAAAUUAUCAGUGCUCGGGAACAUCUCCUUUCAUGAGAGGCCCUGAAGGAAGUCUUACUGACUGUUCAGGUCAUGGACAUUUGGAAUACGAUGAGCCUACCAAACUAUUCAGUUGUAUAUGUGAUCCAGGAUUUAGUGGGCCAUCUUGCGAAAUUGUCACCUGCACAAACCAAAAUACGGACCCAUUGGCAAAAGAUAAUGCUUAUCACACUUAUACCGUUGUUGUAGGUCUAGAGAAGACUAAUGGCUUUUUGGUAUUUGACGAUGCAAAAGUACUGUUUGGGCUGCCGGGUUUGAACGGAACUGUCGACUUGCCAGAAGUUUGGAAGUAUCAAUUGCUAACUAUUUGUGCUGAUGGAGUUUUUGACAUGAUUUAUUCGGGCAGUGAUUUGGGCGAAUUCCAACGAUUGUUUACUAGUCCAAAUUAUGAACUACUCGCAAGAACAUGCAAUACACCACCGUCGCCUGGAGUUAACGACUUGACAACAAUUUAUAAAGAAGCCGUGAAAGGAAUCGGUCGCAACGUUAAAGGAAUAAUUGUAUAUUUCUCCGAAGUUUCUAGUAUGAUAAAUGUCACCCUUGACGAGUUCAUCGCAGCUUCUCAGCCAUAUCAACAACAGUUCUUUGUCUACGCUGUUGAUGAGACCUCAAUGCCCAUUUUACCUAAUGGAGAGAGAAUUGCUAAAGCUGCAAUGACCACCGGUGGAUUUUUGAUUCAAUCGUAUAUCACAGACGAUGUUAAAGGUCAUUUAGAUACACAGUUCAUUCCUGAUUUUCUACAAUCUUCAACAUCAAUCGCAUGGUAUUCAUCCGACCAGGUUGACGAUUUUACGUAUUUUACACAAAACAACAUUUUUGCUUAUGUGAUUACAUGGAAUGUCGGUGAUAACUUCAAAAUUAAUAAUGGAGUUCCGUUUAGAAACUGUCAAAUUGCUGGUAACGAAAACGUAGAAUGCAAAAUCCAAGGACCACAAACCGUCAAAGGAAACAUCGACAGAGGGGCGUUCUACGUUGCCGUUUACUUACUAGAUGACCCAUUAAUUCCAAAAGUGCAGAUAAUUUCGGAUCUUGAUCGUGAUAGUUCAAAUGCGGUAUCUACAUCAUCAUCGGAUACCAGAACCAUGCUCACAUUCAAUAUCCCUGAAGAGUAUGAUAUUGUAGCUAACUCAGGGGAUGGAGGUGUAACAAGAAACGCACAAAGAAAUGGUUGCACAUUUGAUUGGACAGCCUACAGUGUCUUCGCAACACAAAAGUACACACCUGGCCUCAAUAUUGCCAAGAUUACUCUUCAAGAUGCUUCUUCAAACACUUACACCAGAUUCUUCCCAUUUGGAACAUCUUCCGCUCCAGUUUGCCAAAACGGUGGUACACCUAUCCAAUCGGAUGGAUCAUGUCUAUGCCCAUCUGGAUUCCAAGGAUCAGAUUGUUCUCUGGUUAACUGCUCGCAGAGCUCAACAUCAAACGCCUGGUCUGAUGUAUGUGUUUGCAACGAGAUUGACGAUGCCACUUGCGCGAGACAGUUCACAUCAAUUUUCUGAUCAUUUCUCAAUAAAUUUGUGUGCAUUAUAGUUUUUAAAU